AUGGGUGUCAGCGAUGUAGAACCACAACUCGUUGUGGCAAACAAAUCGCUUCCAAUUUUUGCAUCAAAUGAAAAUGGAAGGCCCAUCAACAUGGACUUCAUGGAAAGAGACAAUAGCUGGUCCACAAGCCACUACAUGGAUGACAAAGAACUUCUUCAAGAAAUCGCGGAACAAUCCCAUUUCUCGCUAGAUGACCUAGAAGAUGUCUAUCCCUGCACAGCUCUCCAGGAGGGAAUGAUGGCUAUCACCAAAAAAGACCCAAUGGCCUACACUGUUGAAUACGAGUACCGCAUGCCGUCGGAGAUUGAUACUUUACGCCUUCACGACGCGUGGGACUGCAUCUACCAGGCCAAUCCUAUUUUGCGCACACGAAUCAUUCCCACCCGCCAGCAAGGGUGUGUGCAGGCAGUUGUCCGUGGUAGAAUACCCUGGGAGGAUCAAAAGCCUGGAUCUUUUGAUGCUAUGAGUUGUGAAUGGCGAACUGGAGCACCGUUGGUGAAAUUCACCUUACUAUCAGACGCCGAUAAUCACCAACACACUUUGACGAUCCUAAUUCACCACGCGCUCUGUGAUGACUGGUCAAUGGCGCUACUGUUGCAACAGGUGAAUUCAGCAUAUCACGGGAAGGAAAUCGUUUUUCACCCAUUCAGGCCUUUGAUUGACUAUAUCUCACAAUCUCGACGUGAGGCAGAAGUCUUUUGGACUGCGGAAUUCGAGGACGCGCAUCAGUCGUCCAUGAAAGGAUUUCCAACACGGCCCGCAGCCGGAUAUGAGCCCCGGCCUACCGAAUCACGGCAACACCGUCUGUCCAGUUGCACAGACAAAGGACAGAGGUUCACAAUUAACUCAAAAGUGCGUUUGGCCUGGGCAAUCCUACAAUCACAUUACACGGGAUCCCCAGAUAAUGUUUUCGGGGCAAUCGACGCUGGCAGAGGAACACAGGUUCAAGACAUUGAGACCUUGAGCGGGCCAGCUUUGAACUGUCUUCCGGUCCGUGUCAUAUUGAACCCAGGCGAACGAAUAGUCGACGCACUACAUAAGGUUCAGAAAUCUCUCUCGCUUGGGACAAGGCCCGCGGCUGCAUGUCAAUUUCAGACGUUAUUGGCCGUUGAGCCACGUGACAGACAGAGUAUUCCAAGCCUCUUCGCCAACGGUCGAGAACUACAAAAAACAUAUGAUACAUACUCUCUUAUCUUGCGAUGCCGGCCAUCUGCCGAGUCCAUGUGUAUCGAAGCAUCCUUCGACCCGGCUGUCAUCACCCCAAGUCAGACAGAACGCCUGUUGCAGCAAUUUGCACAUAUCUACCAACAAGUAGAGAGCAGCCCGGCCAUGACUCUCCGGGACAUCAACACAAUCAGUCUCCAGGACAAGUUUGACUUAUGCCGUUGGAAUCUACCAGUACCGUUGGCUGCAUCACGGAGUGUGCUUCACCUAAUACAUGAUCGUGUCUACCACAGCCCCCAGGAUACAGCUGUUUGCAGCUGGGAUGGGGAAUUCACAUAUAAAGCACUCGACGACCUCUCUUCCGCUCUAGCGAAGCGGCUGUUCUCGCUAGGGAUUAGGUCUGGUCAUUUUGUGCCAUUGUGCCUGGAAAAGUCGAAAUGGAUGACGGUGAGCAUGUUGGCUGUCAUGAAGGCAGGGGCUGCUUUUGCGUUGCUGGAUCCGGCGUACCCAGUCCAACGCCUUCAAGAGAUAUAUCGCCAGCUUCAAGCUAGUCUUAUCAUUAUCUCGCCCGUAAAUGAGCCGAUUGUUUCCGAAUUCACAGGAAGCCGUUUGAUUAUUGAUGGCACGAGAAUGGAGCCGUGGAUGAGUGACACUAACGAUGUUCUCCCUGAAGCCUUCAUUGCUACUCCCCAAGAUGCCAUCUACGCCACCUUCACGUCAGGAUCAACCGGCACACCAAAAGGAGUAGUCGUCACCCACGAUGGAUUUGCCUCGAGCGCUUUGGCUCAUGGCGAACUGUAUGGCCUCACUCCACAGUCGCGAGUCCUUCAAUUUGCAUCACCGGCAUUCGAUUCUUGCAUUAUCGAGCACCUCACUACAUUGAUCAUGGGUGGCUGCGUGUGUAUUCCCACCACGGCCGACUGCCAAAGCUCACUUGGGGACGCUGUAAGCCGAUUUGAUGUCAAUGUUGCAUGCCUGACACCAACUGUGACUCGGAUUAUAUCACCGGAGUCUCUCUGUUGCCUCGAAACUCUGGUAUUUGUUGGGGAGGCAGUCUUAGCUAGUGAUGUGGCGCGCUGGGAGCCGUACGUCAAUGUGCGCAACGCUUAUGGGCCAGCAGAGUGUUCCGCGGUCUUCAGUGUUCAGCCCCACCUGCAAGUACAUGACCCUUCCAAUAUUGGAUUUCCCACGGGUGCUAUCGGCUGGGUUGUCCAUUCCGAAGAUGAUCAAGUUCUGAUGCCAGUGGGAUGCAUCGGGGAAUUGCUGAUCGAAGGCCCAACGGUGGGACCGGGAUACAGCCUAACCCCCGCAAGAACAGCAGCCGCCUUUGUUAAUGCACCUUCCUGGCGUCGACAGUUCGGGAUCUCAGGUGGAAAGGUGUAUAAGAGCGGGGAUUUGGUUCAGCAUACAGGCGAUGGCUCUUUCCGUUACAUAGGGCGCAAGGACACGCAGGCCAAACUCCGGGGGCAACGGCUGGAAAUGGCUGAUAUUGAGCAUCAUCUGCGCAAUUCAUUUCCUCCCUCCACUGAUGUUGUGGCAGAGAUAUUGAGACCACAGGAUAUUUUGGUGGCCUUCAUCCGCACCGAUGAGCCCUUAUCCACCGCUUGUGCUGAAAAUGGACACGACAUCUUCCUCCCCCCCCAGUGA